AUGGGAACGGCUUUGCGCGAACUGAAUGUUCCAUAUGGAAUGUAUGUUGAACCAACCACUUCAAUUAUUUACGUUGCUGAUUCUGGAAAUAAUAGAAUCCUGAAAUAUUUUCCAGGAUCAAUGACGGGUACUGCAGUAGCUGGCAACAGUAGCGGAUGGUAUGGCGUAACGGCAGACACAUUAAGUUUCCCAUGGAGUGUGGUUGUCGACUCAUCAGGCACAAUAUACGUCUCCGACACUCAUAAUCAUCGUGUUCAAAAAUAUCUCGCUGGCUCACUGGUUGGCACUACAGUAGCUGGGCAAUCAUCAGGUGUUAGUGGAUCAUCUAACAUUCAUUUAAAUUUUCCGAAAACUGUAACGCUUGAUGCUGAAGGCAACUUAUACGUCCUCGAUUAUGGUAAUCAACGAAUACAACGCUUUGCUCGAAAUAAUCUAAUUGGUACGACAGUCUUUUCCUGGUGUUCUGGCCGUGCUUCAGAUCAAAUUCAUACUCCUAGCCACAUGACACUCGAUACGUUCGGUAAUUUAAUCAUAACGGAUUCGUACAAUUAUAGAGUUCAAAAGUAUCUUUUGACUUGUGGUAUGUAUAAAAAUAAAUCUCAAUUAGAUGACGAAUAA